AGUGGGGGGCUUGGCUGGGAGGCAAAGGAGGACUGUGGACCUGAUCGCAGAAGAAGAAGAAGAAGAAGAAGAAGCAGGAGGAGGAGAAGAAGAAGCAGUACCACAAAAAGAGGAAGAAGAAGAAGAAGAGUCACCAUCCGACACUUUCUCAUCACUGACAACCGCUCAGGCAUUGUUCCCCCUCAUCUCCUCUGGCCUGACUGACCCACCAGCCCAUCACCAUGAACUACCUCCGCCGGCGCCUGUCAGACAGCAGCUUUGUGGCCAAUCUCCCCAAUGGCUACAUGAUGGAUCUGCAGAGGCCGACCCCUCCAGGUUCAUCCACUUCCUCUCCUGCCUCCCCAGCCACAGAGAGACGGCAGCCCCCGAGCCUCCCGAGUCAGGCUCAAAGCUCGGGCUCAGGAUCGACUUCGGGUUCGGCGUCGGGCCCAGGGAGCUUCCUCAGCUCCUUCUCCAGUGUGGUGAAGAGUGCUCAGAUGGCCCAGAAUGUCGCUGCUGCUGCACACGCCAAAUCAGCUGCAACAGCUGCUGAAGGCGCCUCAACAGGAGGCAGUCAGCCACCCAAACCUGUCAUACGCAAGCCUAAGAUCCUGCUGGUCAUCGAUGAUCAGCACACAGACUGGGCAAAGUAUUUUCGAGGGAAGAAGCUGAACGGAGAGUAUGAGAUCCGGGUGGAACAGGCGGAAUUCUCAGAGAUCAACCUGGCUUCGUAUGUUAACUCGGGAUGUAUGGUGGACAUGCAGGUCAACAAAGGUGGCACCAAAGUGGUCAGGUCCUUCAAGCCAGACUUCGUCCUGGUUCGCCAGCACGCCUACAGCAUGAUACCCGGUGAGGACUUCCGGAACCUUGUGAUUGGCCUUCAUUUUGGUGGUGUCCCAGGCAUCAACUCCCUCUUCUCCAUUUACAACUUCUGCAGCAAACCUUGGGUGUUUUCUCAGAUGAUUAAGCUCUACCACUCCCUCGGCCCUGAGAAAUUCCCCUUGAAUGAACAAACCUUCUAUCCUAACCACACGCAGAUGGUUACAGCCCCUUCCUACCCUGUGGUGGUCAAGAUGGGGCAUGCCCACGCUGGUAUGGGAAAGAUCAAAGUUGAAAACCAGCAAGACUUCCAAGACAUCAUCAGCGUGGUGGCUCUGGCUGGGACCUAUGCCACCACUGAGCCCUAUGUCCAAUCCAAGUAUGAUAUCCGCAUCCAGAAGAUCGGCAACAACUACAAGGCAUACAUGAGAACUUCUAUCUCUGGGAACUGGAAGGCUAACACAGGCUCUGCCAUGUUGGAACAGAUUGCAAUGACUGACAGAUAUCGGCUGUGGGUGGACUCUUGUGCCGAGAUGUUUGGCGGCCUAGACAUCUGUGCAGUGAAGGCCGUCCAUGGAAAAGACGGCAACGACUAUAUCAUCGAGGUGAUGGACAGCUCCAUGCCUCUGAUUGGUGAACACGUGGAGGAAGAUAAACAGCUCAUCACGGAGCUGGUCAUUAACAAGAUGGCCCUCAUACUGUUGGGAGUUUCCACACCUCAGCCUUCCUCUGUCAAGACAACACAGCCCAGACGAGGGGGACACCGCUCUGCUUCCGCAUCUCCGUCCCAGUCAGCCCAGGGUUCACCUCAGCGAGCCCGGUCAGCCACCACCUCUCCCAGCCAGGCCUUCCAGCCCGGUCCCAUCCCUGCCUCCUCCGGGCCUGGAGCUCAGAAACAGUCACCACAGCUGAACAAAUCCCAGUCGUUGACAAACACCUUCACAGAGACAUUGCGAGGAAACGUGACCGACGACGAGGCUAAAGCUGAGACCAUCCGCAGCCUCCGGCAGUCCUUCGCCAGCCUCUUCUCUGACUGAUAGCCUCCCCAGAAGCUUCCACUUCCUGUCAGUUGUCAGGUUUGAAAAAAAAAAAUCCUGACUGGUAUUUCUGUUGUGGAGUCUCCUUCCUCCUGAGAACCUCGGCUUCCUGUUCCUUCUCUUUCCUUCUGACUGUUCGUGACGUUUAACAACUCGUGCAGCCUGCUCUCCUCCAUUAAUUUUUCACUGGAAAGGCCAAUAGGUUUUGGUGUUCUUAUUCUUCAACAAAUGACUGAAGAUGUCAAAUUUUAAAACCUGAAUUAUUCCCAUUUGUUUCCCUAGAGGAGCUUUUGAGGGAUUUGGGGCAUAGGAUCAUACCAAACCUUAUUUACAUUUCUAUAACUUAACUUAUAACUCAGCUUGAUGAUCUCGUCUGUUUUCUCUUUGCUUUUCAUGACAGUUUAGAAGAAAUAUAGUAUACCAUAUACUGUAAGUUUCAUUUUGAUUUCCCCAACGUGCUAGUGCAGCUGUCUCCGAAUACCCAUAAUCCAGCACUGCUGUGAUCAUGUUAGAGGACUGAGACAUUAUGAGGAAUUUUGUUUCUGUAAUUUGGUGUGUUUAAAGUCAAAAAGCAACAAUAAAAAGGGUGUGUGAAUGCCACCUGAAGUUAGUUCAGCAGUUAGCUGGUGGCAGCUUGUCCUUUCUAGUGGUAAAUAAUGACAGCUCCUAAUGCUUGGUAUGUAGUCGUUAUUCUGCAUUCUGUUUGUUCAACGAAACUGUUCAUUACUGGGUCACAUCUGAUUUGUUUAUAUAUUCAUUUAUUUAUACAAUUAGUAUUAAUUUCUUUUCAUUACUUUAAUUGACUCAGCUUCCAAACUGUUUGCAGAUAUCUACGGCAAUAUCCUUACCUGAAACUGUUCCAGUUAACACAUGAGAAAUGUCCUGAAUCCUCAGGGUUCACCAGCGAUUUUGAGCAUCUUGCCAGCAGCCACAUUUCGCAGACAUCCAUGUAUCCAUGUAUUGGCUUUCAUAGUAACUCCUCUAUCUAACGUUACCAAAGUGCUUUUUAAUAAGAAACAGCAAAAGUCCUCCUCCCCCUGACACAAACACACACACACACACACACACACACUGCACUGGGUCAAGAAAACAAUCUAACAGCGAACCAACCAACCUUUGAGGUUGUGAUUUCACAAGAUGCAAAUGCUGUACUGGCUUAAAGCCAUCGUCUUCCAUCCAGAUCUUCCCCUUCUUUUUCUUAAUGUUUUGUGCUUUGUGAAUAGCACUGUGGUGUAUUUUCUGUGGGGGACUUGUAUCAUAACUACUACUGAUAUGUGUUUAAAGGAGAACAAGGAGGGUGUAAUAUUUUGAGACUUAAUGUGCUUAAAUUUCCACUGACAUAUCUUUUGUCUACUUAUUCUAUACAAUCAAUGUCAGCUGGGAUUGUAGGUAAUUUAUCAUAACUCUUUAUUUAGUUUUUGGUCCGGUGGUAACAUCUGCAGUGGUAGCAAAGCAGACAUCUUCUUCUUCACAGUUCAUCUUGCUUUGGUGCUGCAUGUAAAGUUUUGUGAAUGCUCUAAUUUCUUAAUAAUUUCCUCUGAUAUUUCCUUUACAGUGUAAUUUUAGCAGAAAUGUUAUCAGAAUUUGUUAGACUGUUUAUACAAAGUACUUAUCACAUUGGCAUCGAGAUCCAGGAAAUGUUUGGCAGUUAAGCGGUUAAAAGUGGUUGCUGACUUUCAGAGGAAUUUCCUUUAAAUGCUCUGAUGGGACGGGAUGCAUUAUUCAGAUUUAAUCAUUAAAAACAAUGACAAAGAUCCAUUUUAAUUGAUGAAAUAUUCAUUUAUGUGAUAGAACCCCAAUUAUACAGGAAGGUUUUUGUAAAAUAAAUUUAAGAUACCAUUCUUUUAGAAUUAUUUGAAAGUGUGCAAACUAAAUAAUAUCGCAGUUCUCAUUGUUAUCAGCAGAAAAUUAUAUCUUUUGCAGGGAACCUUCACCUGUUUUAUGGAAAUGAUUAGGAUCAGUAAAAUAAAUAGUUAGAAAUGUAAUUUCAUAUAGUUGCCUGUAUAUUUGGCUUUCUAUGCAGAGCACAGUCACUAUCUAAUAAUCUGUAAAUUGCUCUUUCUGCAGUAAUUUUAAAGUGGUGUGCAGUAAAGUCAUCUAGUGGUUGGCUCCAUAAUUACCUAGAUGCCUCAAACUGAAUAACCGUAGAUAUGCUUAUUCCCUCUCAUUUCAUUUCAGAGAAAAAAAAAAACCCAAAAGUAAUAAUUCCUAUGCCAUCAUUAUUUUAUGUCCAAAUACCCCAAACAGAGAAGUGCAUGUAGUCUGUUUCUUCAAAUAGGACUUCUGAAUACAGUACAGUUUUUAUUGUUCUUUCCAUAAUGACAACAACAAUAACCCUAACUCUAACCCUCAGAUUUAUUAAAUGCAUGAAGCUGUAUAAUAUUUAUAGUGGUGUGUGGGUGUGUAUGUGUGUGUAAAUUUGUAAAUUUGCCAUUAUGAUUAAUAAUAAUACUACCACAAAAAAACUGCCCAUUUCUGCAAUAAGUUUUACAUCAUUUUGUUUUAAACUAUGAGGCAUGUCACUUAAACUUUAAAAGAAGCAUUUAUUUAUUUAAUCUAACCAAGGAAGUCUCGAUGUCAGAACGAUGACACACUAACACUGAUGGUUCAUCAAGCUUAAAAAGCUCAGCGUGCGUUAGCUUGACAAAAUACACACGACAAUGCUCAAUACCAGCAACCGUACCAAGUAAUGAGUACACAGGACGGUAGUUUUACUUUUACAAGCAGUUGCUCUGGAGGGUAAAAUAAUAGAAUUGGCUGUAUUUAUCUGUGUUUAGCUGGCCGUUAGCUAAACCCUUACUGUUGCUACCUGCAAUUUAUAAUGAUAAUAGAGAAAGUUUUCAAACAGUGGGUCAUUGGCGUCACACUGGUAGAAAGCAGUGUUUUCUUGGCUGAAAUGACAGCUGACACUAACAUUUCUUUUAGCAACUGUAGCUAGCUGGCUAAUUAAGCUAGUGUUAGCUCCAUGAGGUGGUUGAAAACGCUGUCUCUAUCUGACUGCUUUGAAACAGGAAUGCUGUGGAAAAACAUGAAACCUGCAGUGCCGGACUUUUACAUAUAAAUGAACGUCUGUUACAAUUGAAGCUGUUGCCAAAUGAGUUCAAACUAUGAUGAAAAAAGCCUAUAACAGUCUUGUAAAUUUGUUUGUUUCCCACUAUAUCACCAGUGAACAAGUUCUAUUCUUAUCAUGUGCUCCUGAGCGUGUUCUCGGCAACAUACCUCAACAUUAAGAAAUCAGUGCUGGUGAUAUGUUCCUUUGUUGCUAUUUAAGUUUAACAACAAGGUUUAACACUGUGAUUCUUUCGCUUCAACCAUCAGUCAUUGGUUGUAAUAAUUCUGCCUCCAAAGAUUGUUUGUAAAAGCAAAAUUCAGAUGUGCAGUCAGCUUCAUCUGUGAGUAAAUGCACUGGCUUGUCAUUGAACACAUUUGCGAGCGUUUCAUCACCUUUUGGCACUGUGUCAGAAUGGACCAAAUGAGCAUUUUGCAGUGUGAUAAGCCAUAACUAAACCAUGAGGAUUUACUAUCCCUUAUGUGCCACGCAAUAAUGGCUGUGACGUUACUGACAUGCUGAAAUAUUAAUAAAUCACUGUGUCUGUUAGCUUUAGGAAGCAUGUCUUGCCCUGCAGAGUUACACAGCAGUAACUGUUUUUGAUUUUGAGUUAAAAUUGAUAGAAUUCAUAUAAAAGGUUCCGUUUAAUUACGUGCUACUAGUGGGCCUACAUCUGUUAAGAUGAAAGAUGGACUUUAAUGUCACUUUCCUGAGUUUUACUGCAAUUUGGUUUUAAAAUGCACCACAGGAUCCCAUAUGUAUGCCAUAUGUAUCCACACCAAUAGGGUCUGAAAACAAUAAAUGAUCAGACGUUAGAUAAUUUUAGUUUGUCACUUGUAUAGAUUUGAUUUUUAUUAUUAUUAUUAGGGUUGUUAUCAAGGUAUUUAUUAUUUAGGUUCAGAUAAAAUCUCUCAGUCAGCUGCUAAAAUAUCUGAUAUUUUUUGGUUGUCUCAAUUCAAACUGUUUACUACCUCAAGCUCUGCAGAAACUGACAAUAGAGUGGUAGUACUGGAAAAGAUUUUGUGAAAUGAGCAGAAUUUCAGAAAAUUCAUAGUUAAGAGCAUUUUCAUGCAAAGAGGGAAAAAAAUGGUGAGGAAAUUGCUCUUUCAGUCUGAAGGGAUUAGACUGACACAUGGACUGUAGCAAAACAACAGUGAGGAAGAGUCUGGAUCCAAGCACCAGCAGAUGGACAUAGAGUGUGUGUAGAUUUUGUGCUCAUUUCACAAAACUUUGUGAGACACAGUUGCAACUCUUCACCCCCAUCUUUCCUCUUUUCCCGUGAGUUCAGUUAAACAUGACAUGUAAUUUGUAGAAAAUGCAAUACUCUAGCUGUGUUUUUCUUUUAGUCACAACAUGGUUGAGUCACAGGCUCAGCUUCAGGUGUGUUGAAGUGAUUCAUAGCCUAAACAUUAAAUGCUAAACUGAAUAUGCAGCCACAGAGACUUGCCAUUAAGUACAGCUAAUACUGCAAGGAAGAUCAAGUCCACUUAAACGUGCUGUUGUAAAUGAGAGACAAAAUGUCAAUGCACGGGUUUAUUUGCCUUUCAGUCCACUGUGUCCCUGCCUCUCUGCUGAAUGGUGGAUUGUAAUUGUAUGGUAUUUAAAGUGUAAGUAACAUUCUGUAUAUUGGUGUAAAUGUGGCAUGAAAAAAGACCCCCCUCCUCGUGUGCCUCAGGUGUGUAAAUUCGGUCGUUACGUGAUCUUAAUGUCUGGCUGCUUAUUUGUGAGAAGUGUGAUGCAUCUCGUGUGUUUCUGUAAUUUAUUGGUAUUAAGAUUAUUUUGCUUUCUGUAUUUUUGUUCUUCAGUCUGAAAAGAUUUCUGUUAUUAAAAGUAACAAAUUUUAUUAUACCUGUGGUCGUGAAUUCCAGUUUCUAUCAGUCAUCCGCAGAGCUCCUCGUGAGAGCAUUUGAAUGUUUUUCUCCAUUUAUGGUCACUGUAGCAGAAGUCCUGGCUCUUACUGUACUUUUAAAAAGUCCUGCUUGAAACACGCAACUUUCAGAAUAUGUGAUGAUAAUCCCAAAAUCCCUUCAUGUUGGAUUACUACCAUAUUUUAUUCCUCUUGGCAUGAAGCGUGGGGUGUUAAAAGCUGACUGGCAACACGAGGCUGCAGAAAGGGAAACCUGCCGGACUCUUUCAUCUGCUGCCCACUUCACGUCAAGCUUUCAAAUGAAUCGUGUUAGGUCCUAAUGUUACAGAGGUAAUAUGAAACACAUUCAGCCAUGAAUAUGUCACUGCACACACACGCACACAUUAUUACUUUUCAAACAAUGGCAUCAUCACUCAGAUAUUUCUCAGACGACUUCA